CGGAAACACAAGGACCCGGAAGUCGUUCUGAUUCCGCGGGUCUUUUGGGACAACACAGCUCUGCACAGCACACAGUACAGAAAUGGCGGGAGUAAAUACCAUGGAGAAAAAACUGGCCGAAUACAAGUGUGACACCAAUGAAGCUAUAUGCUUGAAGCUUGUUCGCUUUCCAGAGGAUGUUGAUGAUGAUGGCACUACAUUUCACCCAGAGUACAGCCACCAAAUUUUUGGAGACGAUGAGGUUGCCUUUGGAUACAAAGGUCUUCAGAUACAGCUGUUCUACGCCGCUGGAAACCUAAGCACCCUCUUCAAAGUGAAAUAUUCCUCAAAAGUGACUGAGACGUUUGAUUGUGUGGAGCCCGAUGAUGUUGAAGGGAAGAUCCGGGAAAUCAUUCCUGCUGGGUUCACCUGCAACACCGACGACUUCAUCUCACUGCUGGAGAAGGAGGCCAAUUUCAAGCCCUUCGGCACCCUGCUUCACGCGUACACGGUCCACAGCGAGGAGGCAGGAGAACUCACAUACCAGAUUCACAAGGCUGAUAUUACCUGCCCUGGAUUCCGAGAGUACCACGAGCGCCUGCAGACCUUCCUCAUGUGGUUCAUAGAGACUGCCAGCUUCAUCGAUGCAGACGACGAUCGUUGGGACUUCUUUCUUGUAUUUGAAAAGUACAAUAAAGAUGGGGAGACUCUCUACGCAACUGUUGGCUACAUGACAGUUUAUAAUUACUACGUGUACCCAGACAAAACCCGACCACGUGUAAGCCAAAUGUUGAUCCUGCCUCCGUUCCAAGGAGAGGGUCACGGAGCUCAGCUUCUGGAGGCGGUGCACAGAUUUUAUUGCAGCCUGCCCAAAGUGCAAGACAUCACAGCUGAAGACCCCUCUGAGAACUAUGUGAAGCUGAGAGACUACGUGCUGGUCAAACUUUGUCAAGGCCUGCCAUCCUUUGCUGCAGACAAGCUGCACCUCGGCUUCUCAGCUGACAUGAUCAAAGAAGCACAAGACAAAUUGAAAAUCAACAAGAAACAUGCGAGGCGAGUGUACGAAAUCCUGCGCCUGAGAGCAACAGACAUGAGCGAUGAAGAAAAAGCAAGAGAGUACCGUUUGGAGGUGAAAAAGAGGCUAUUUGGACCAUACAGGAAGAAUCAGAGGGAGCUGGCAAAGAUGAGGAAGUGCCUGCGGCCAGAGGAGCUGGUGUCCCACAUGGGUCAGAUGGACACUCAGACGCAGCACGAGGAGCUGGAGAAGAGUUAUCAGGUUGUUGUGGAGGACUACAGGAGAAUCAUUGAGAGGCUUGCAACUCAGGCCUGAUCAGACUGUGAGAUACUGCUGGCCUGGAGUGCACCCUCUCAACAUACAGGUGGUCUGCCCGGUCUGUACAAAAGCCCACAUUUUCACAGACUUUAGCUGCAACCGACAGGAAACAGAAUCACUGUUCUGAUUCAAGAGUGUUACAAAUCUAUAGUGACUGGUGUAGCAGUGAUAGGUUGCAGUGGAAAUUACCUGUCUGUUUCCCAGCUGAUUUUGAUACAGUAGAGGAGGAGAAUGGCGCAGCUGGAAGGUGAGACUUCCUGUUUGUCUCAUGUGUUUAAUCACAUUGUGUGAGAUUAAAUAUGUAAUAUUUCACAGAUGAUAGGAGGUCCGCUACCCUGCAGAGUAACCCUGCUUCUUCUCCAUCACACAUUUUUUAAACCUCUUUUGUCAAAGCAAUUCCCAGGGUGUUUUGAAGCACUUCAUACUGAAAAUUAAAAAGAAUGGUUUUGUAUAUUGCUCAAAUGGUGUGAUUCUUAUUGUAGAGAGGAGAAUAAAACUGAGCGAUUCAGUAUGUCAUUAAGGUUUUCAUUCAUUUUAGCGAUUUGAGAUUGUAGAUUCUACGUGCAUUUAAUCUGAACACAGUCUAGCAUAAUAAUUUAGAGAUUUUAAUAAAUAGGAAAAAAGGAGACAUGCAAACAAAGACUACAGAAAUAAGUAAUAUCAGUAAACCACAACACAAACGUAAAAGGCAGCAGAAGUAGGUGGCACUAGAUGAAAGGUCAGGGAGUUCUUGCAGUUCAUCCUCUGGGAACCAUGAAUGUCUGUAUCAAAUUACACCCAGUAGUUGUUGAGAUGUCACAAGGGUAACGUCCUCUGGGGAUCAUGAAUGUCUCAAAACUUCACAGCAACCCAUCGGACAGUUAUAGUCUUACUACAUAUUUUAGUCGACCAGAGUGGUGAACUGACCGACACAGUGCCAUGUUGCUACCACAGCUAAAAAUGAGAAAAAGCUAUUUACCACAUUUAGCCUUUACCAGCAAUGCAAUUCAGCUGCAGAUCAUUCAGUCAGGUAUUAUGGUUUGUCAGUUUAUUCUGCACACUCUUGUCUACCUACUCGUAUAAUUUAUAAAACUGAGUCACUUAAAGAAAACCUCUUACUACAAGCUCAGCCCUGGCGAUAGUAGUGAUAAGUUACCAAAUACUUAGGUACAGGUUUGUGGUACUUUCACUCCACUAUGUUUAUUUUAAAUAUUUAUUAGUUACAGUGCAGAUUCAUUUUUAUAAUACAAACUAUAAUCAACAAAUAAUUUGUGAACUAUUGUUAUAGUUUCACCUGAUACAUGCUACCUAAAGCAGUUCAAAUUAACUCCACCUUUGUCUGCUGCAACAUAACCCUACAAUGUACAAUAUAUAUUAUUCUGAAAUGGGCAAUUCCAAAAUAUAAGCAGUUUUACUCUUGUUACCUUAAGUACUUCCUGAUACCAAUAAUUUGGCACUUUUACUUGAAUGCAUGACUUUUAUUUGUAGCAGAGUAUCUUUGCACUGUGGUAUUUCUAUUUUUACUUAAGUAAAAGAUCUGAGUCCUUCCUCCCCCACUACCUGGUAUCAUGACAGAUUUAUGCCCUAAUAGACACAUUUGUGGAGUUUCUGUUCAACAAGGUUUUAUCUUUUCUUUAAGAGUUUUUUUCCCCAGUACCAGCACCGGGGCAUUUCCUACAAUAUUAAAAUGUUCUUGUUACAUUGCCAGCAUUUGUUAUCUCCGGUUAAACCGAUUAUAA